UAUAAAGUAUUGAAUUACGAUAUUAAAUACCUAUACCAUCAUGAACAUUCCAAUCGCAAUUUGUUUGUGUCUGCUUUCAAGCACGGGCAUUUUUAGCAAAAAUGUGAGGAUAAUUGGGGGAGCUCCAGGCUUAAUAAGUGAUUUUCCGUUUAUGGUGUCGAUCCGAACCUUUCAGACUAACCAACUUAUUUGCGGAGGUUCUAUUAUUAGUCGAUGGAAUAUUCUCACUGCAGCGCAUUGUUUAUAUGUGUUUGAUAAUGAUUACACCGACGUAAGGGUUUAUUCGGGAACAGCAAGUUCGAUCGAAAUGUAUGGAUUCAAUUAUCAGAUAGAUCAUGUAUAUUUUCAUCCACAAUUCAAUUUUUUAAAUUUAAAUGGUGUAUACUUGCAUGAUAUUUCAGUAGUUAAGAAUUUCUGA